AUGAUGGUGAUCAUGGCUGAAGGCAACGGCAGAACUCACAUUGACGUCAGUGGGGCCAGGGUUUCACCGUUAGUGAUUAACAGGAUGCGCUCAGGAGAUGAGCGGCAGAUCUUGUUUGCAAAGGGAGCACCCUGCCUGCUGUCGCCAGCCAGGCCUGCAUGUACCUCCAGUGUCGCCCAGGCCUGGAGUGCCACAUUUCAUGAACUCCUCCACAAGAAGAUGGGGAGGUUUUUUGGCACCUCCAUGACCAUGAGGUCUCUGGGACUAGCAGAGUAUGCAGACAUCUUCGCUGUCUGCCUCAUCGUCAUGCUGGCAGGGCUCCUUUCCUUUGGGGUGAAAGAGUCUACCACAGUCAACAAACUAUUCACAACCAUCCACGUGCUCUUCCUGCUGUUUAUCACAGUGAGCGGGUUCAGCAAAGGGGACCUGAGGAACUGAAGGAUGAGUGAGGAUGACCUGCUGAGGGCCGCUGCCCACCAAGCCAGUAACCAAUCCCUGGCUGGCAAUAGGACCGGUGAGUUUGGAGUUGGAGGGUUCAUGCCCUAUGGUUUCACUGGGACACUGGCCGCGACCUGCUUCUACGCUUUUGUUGGGUUCGACUGCAUUGCUACCACGGUGGAGGAAGUGAAGAACCCCCAGAAAUCCAUCCCGGCAGGGAUCGUCAUCUCCCUCUUGGGCUGCUUCCUGGCAUGCUCUGGGGUUUUGGCUGCCCUGACUCUCAUGAUGCCGUACCACCUCUUGGACCCCAGGAGCCCACUGCCUGGGUGGAGCGUGGCCAAGAACGUUGUAGCCGUGGGGUCGCUGUGCGCCCUGGCCACCAGGCCCAAACAAAGUUUCCUGGGCAUCGAUAAAGCCUUGGCCGAGAUGGCUUUCCUCUUUGAUCUGAAAGCCCUGGUGGACAUGAUGUCCGUCGGCACUCUGCUGUCCUGCACCCUGGUGGCUAUCUGUGUCCUUUUUCUCAGGUUUUCGUGGCACAAGUUUGCCUCUGAGCAAUUGUCACGAAAUGCUGCACGAGGGGCAGCGGGUGGGGCGCAGUUAAUGCCGGAGCUGUGGACCCCGUGGAAGUACCGGCCUGAAUCCAGCACUCAGGACCCCUCAGAUGGAAAGAUCCCCGCCACAAGGCUCUGGAUGAACUUCCUCAUCCGCCCACCCGUGCGUCCAACUCAGUGCUCCUCCAGCCUGGUGUCGUAUGCCGUGACACUAGCCGCCAUCCUGGUCUGCGCUGUGAGCAUAGUGACCACAGCAGGGCUGGAGUGUCUCUCUUCUGGAGGAGCCUGGUGCAUUGCCUGUCUGGUUCUCCUUCUGCUGGGGAUCCUCGGUGUGUUGCUGGCCAUCUGGAGGCAGCCUCAGAGCCAGAGGAAAGUGUCCUUCAUGGUGCCUUGUCUGCCAUUUCUGCCCCCUGUCAGCAUCCUAGUCAACAGCUACCUGAUGGCCAAGCUCAGCGGUGUCACCUGGCUGCGGUACAUGGUGUGGAUGGCGAUUGGUCUCCUGAUUUACUUUGGCUAUGGGAUCCGCCACAGCACCGAGAGACGUGGGGCCAUAGGGAUGUCUGCGCAGGAGAAGGCAGAGGGCACAGCAGGUGAUGUGGAUGCAGACACUAAUACUUGA